AUGAGUGAUCAAGGCAUAAAUAAUUAUCCCUAUCGUCUCGUCGAAUUUGUGGGAGAACUCACUGACGAUGGAAAGAAGGUCAUUGAAGUCGUACUUGAUGGGUGGAUCCAGAAAAAAAUUGACGUAACAUUAAAGGAUUUCUGCUACUAUCCUCCUAAGAAAGAUUGGAUCAAAGUUGAAAAAUGGCUCAAAGAAGAACGCCCCUUCAACGCUUCGUGGGAAAUUUAUGAGAUUGAAAUUUUGGGCAAAGCAGCAACAAUCGAAAAAGCCCAGAAAAAACUCGAGAAACUCUAUAAGACUCGCUCAGGCCUAGAAACUGAUUCUGAGUUAGAGAGUGUCGACUCAGAACUCAGCAUUACGAAGAAACGCGCUUCAAGUGUGCUGAAGACUUCUCAUUCUCUCGAGAAUAUUGACGAAGAGCCAAUUGUUCUUCCCCCAAAGCGAUCUUGCAACACUGUUGAUCCCCAGAGUGAUGGAAUUCUGGCUCCAAUACCCAGUACCUCAAGAGAUGCAAACUCGAUGGGACCAGUGAAAGUUACGAAAAAUGCCUCAGAUAGGGUACAUCCUAGAGUUCAGUUCCAGGACCAUCUACUAAAGAUACGAGAAAAGAACGAAGACGAUCCUGUUAAAAUGUUUUUUGCUGACUACUUGGAUACAUCUCUAGCCCUUUUGUCUUAUGAUUAUAAAUCGGAGUUACACAACCUCAGGAGAUGCCAUCAAUUGGAUAUGACUAAUCAUACAAAAGAAUUGAAGCAAUCCAUGAAAACUCCCACGUUGCCUCUUGGAGAGAAAUUUGUUUUGGCACAAGAUAAAUUAGGGAUGAAAAUUCCAGUCGAUACGCUAGAGGAUUUUGAGAAAUGGGAAAACAUGUUGGAUUUGAAAGAUGCUGAGAAUGUGGAGGAAGUCACUAAACGUCGAGCUGCCUUGAUGGAGUUUAUGGCUAAUGAGACUUCGGAGUCAAAUGACUUUGUGGCAGACACCAAAAAAAUUCUCUUCCACUUCACCAAAAAGCCUGUACAACUCCUCUACAGUGGUGCUGGUCGUGCAACACGAGGAGUUGCGAAGAAGAAUUUCAGCAANAGAAACUCUAUAAGACUCGCUCAGGCCUAG